AUGAACUGCCCCUCAAAAGGCCAAGACACCUUUCCGAACGAGAUCUGGGAACCCAUCCUCCAUCACUUAAACCACAUGGAUCAACCGAGUCUCCUAAAUUGUAUGCGCACCUGCUCUAAGCUCGCAACGAUUGGAAAAGUGAUUUUACCGCGGAACCUAGUCCUCAGACCAGAUCUAAGACUGGAUCUUAGACCUAAGAAGUCAAUCAGGCAUAGACGGAGUAAGAAGGUGAUUCAGGAAGAAGAGCAAGAUGAGCUAGAUUCGGAUCCUGAGGAAGACAUCAAGAUCGAGUUGAUGGAACAAACCACUUUCUUGACUGUACAUUCACAUAAGGAAAGUCUCUGCAGACUUAACUAUAAGGUAUAUCCGAAUGUCAAAACACUCAAAUUGAUCUUCAAGCCGCGCUCUACACCGUACCAUCAAUCCCCGCUCUACUCGCCCUGCGCAGGACAACCCAAAGAAUGUUAUCUACUCAAAAACUUACGCCCUACUCGAGUCAUCUUGGACGAUUUUACCAUUGGUCUUACUGCCUUCGACUGUGAAGGUAUACCAAGAGGCCUAUACAGAGAUGUAGAAGAGUUGAUCUUGAGGUGCGGUCCUAUCCCGGUAAACGAUCUGAGGAUGCACAAGAUGGAGCGUUUUCCAGUGGGUUUGACAUCAGGGAGAUUGAAAAAGCUUGUAGUCAUCUUACCGCCUCGAGAUGGUCGCCUGGAGAAUACAAAAUAUCAUCAAACCAAUCAAAAUAUGUACAACCUUGCGAAGUUCCUCCUAUCCGUUCGGCCUGGUAUAGCAUCCAUCGUCAUUGUCAACCUAGGUGGAUAUCUACCUGGGACGGCAGAUACAAACGGACCAUGGAAUCAUCCUUACGACUUGGAUCUAGCGAUGUGUCAAUACCUAUGGGAGAAAAGACCUGAUAUACACUCUAGAAUGAUCUGUAGGCUGGUAUGGGCUUUUCUGAAUAAGACCGUCAGGUUUAUCAGUAUGGAAGAGUAUCUAUGGAAGGAGAACUGGUACGGCGUUUUCAGAUUGGGUGAAGUUCAGAAAUGGAUUCCGUAUCUUGUUUAA